UCAAUGACAAAACAGAGCAGAGUGAAAGCUUUGAAAACAUGAAAUCCUUUGGCUCGACAGCCUUCAUUCAAGCAAUUUUGCAGCUUGUGUUUCUAAUUGGUUUUCGAUUUCAUAACACAAAUGUUGGCCUCCUGUGGGUUACAGUCCACGAACAUUGACUGUUCCUUCAUUAUUACAAACAGCUGCAUUCAUCAGAACUGAGUAUAUGGUUGCAAGUGGAGCCACCUCUGCUUUCAUUCAUCUGGAAACCCGUCCAAGUGAAACCAUGGCUAAUCAAAGUGGCGAUGCGAUUAUAAACACAAGCCUGCCUUUGAAAGUGGUUGCAAUAGUCAUGCUUCUGUCUUUUGGGGAUGGAUUUGUUUCCGCAAACACUAUUGAGUCACUUGGAACUACUGAAGCAACUGUUGCGGGAGGUGCACUUGCCCAACCAGAACAACCAUCUGUGAAUCAGGGUAUCGUCAAGUUGAAAGCUGAGAAAGGGAAGUCGGUGGUUUUACCAUGCUGGUAUCUUAGUGAUGGUACUUCCUUAAACCAAAUCUCCGUAUUGUGGUACAAAGAAGACACCUCUGAGAAGUUCAAUCUUGUAACAGACAACACAACAGGCUCGGGCAACUACUCUGGUCGAGUGUUUUUAAGUGGACAUCUAUCUAAUGGGGAUGCUUCAUUGACAAUUCUGAAUGUAACUGAGAAGGAUGGUGGCACUUACUUCUGUACUGUAAUCCUUAAUAAUGGGACAACUCUAAGUGGUGAUGGUACGCAUCUCAUGGUGAAAUCAAGAGCAGGGCUUUUUGGUUUAAAAGAAUCUUUAGGAAGCACCAUUGCAAUUGUCGCAGCAAGUAUUGGUGUCUUUAUUGGACUUAUGGUGUCCUUUGUGCCAAACUUAAGAAAAAAGAUGACAUGUCAAAAUUUAGAGCAAGCUCAAGUUGCUCCAGCUUAGUUUGCAAAUGAACAACGUCGAUGCACUGUGAAUUAUAUGAUGAGAUGGAUAUUUUUAAAUUCACCUUCCUGAAGAGAUUUCUACAAUUAUCUGAAUACAUCAAUGUCAAAUUUAUUUUCUUGAAUAAAAAGGCUAAAGUAUCCAUAAUCCACUGGACUGUGGGAAUGUUUGCUCAUUAGAGAAAGAGAACAACAGCUCAUGAUGGCAGUUUAACCUGAGAGUCACCGCACCAUAGGUGAGGGGGGAGACUGAGGAGAAUUUUUCAUCAUAAUGUCAACCUGUGUGAGAAUUGAACCCAUGCUGAUGGAUAUCACUAUAUAUUGCACACCAGCCCCGAGAUAACUGAGGAAACCAAAACCAUUUCUUGUGUAACCAAAUACAGAAAUAAGAGUGACAUUUAAGCAUUGCAUGUUUAGACUUUUGUUCUGCAUGCAACAUUUAUACCUGAUGUGAUGGUGACUAUAGGCUGUCAAAAUGAAACGUUCUAAUUUAUAGCUGUUUUUGACUUGGGAUAUUGGAUUGACAACUCUGUGGACCUUAGCUCAUCCAUUCUCUUCACAGUCAUGUUAUCUCAAUCUUUUUUCCUGUAGCUUUUCAUGGAUUAUGAAAACUGCUGUUGCCAGUGUCGCUUUCACUGAGCUGUAAUAUCAUUGGAAUUUGAUUUUUAUUCUUAAGUCCUCCUAGAGAAGCACAGAUUUCAUUAUGGAAAAAGUGAGUUGGCUGCUUUGCAACAAAGUAAGACACUGGGCUGUUUGUAAGGGCAGAUACAAGUCAACCAGUUUACUUAAGUCUGGAGUCACAUGUAGGCCAGAAUCAGUAUGCAGGUUCCUCCCUCAAGGAUUAAGUCAACCAGACGGAUUUUUAUAACAAUCCAGUAGUUACGGGGACACUACUAGCUUGUAUUCCAGGUCUAUUUAAGAGACUGCAUUUAAGUUUCCUGGCUGCUGUGUUUGGAGCUGACCCCAUCACUGGAUUACUAUUCUCAUAGCACACUGUUACUGUUCCAUUAUUGAGUAUACCAAGAUGAUUUAACAUAAUUAAUAGCAAAUAAUAUUUUUCCAGUUUAUCCGUAAUAGAGCCAUUCUAAGACAGACAAUUGAAUCCUGGCACAUAGAAUGAGGCCCCAUAUAGAGUAGAGAUAGACGUGUUUGAACAGGAGCUGGGGCAUGACAGAAGUUCAUACAUCUGCACACCAUGCAAAAAUGUGAAGGGAAGACAUCCCAAGUGCCUUUGCAAAUCACAUUUUAUUUCAUCAUACAUUGCUGAUUAUUCAUAUCACAUGUACCAAUUUGAAAAUGACAUUCUUCCCCUAAGUUGGAGUUAUUCUGAUAGGCUUCUACAUAGACAGAUGUCCCUCUUGAACAUCAGGGUGCCAGCUCCACAUCUAGGUCAUCACUUGAGGAACAAUACAAUACUGGUGAUUUCCCAUGUUAUGAAACAUAUGCCUAUUAUGUAGCUGAAUGGUGCAUAAGGAAUAAAUAAUAAACACAA